UACCACACAGAAGACUUAACUCUGUCUUCUAGCAUGGGAACCCUCUGGCACUUACAGUACACUUUAAUUUUAUUCUGUAUUUCAGUGCUGACUACCACAGGGAUCAAGCAAAGACCAACUGGUGGCUUGAGAACAUGGGAUCCUGAAACAGCUUACCUCACCAGAUGUGAUUUUAACAACAACUCAAGACCAUUUUGUGACUGGACCCAGCCUUGCAAUGUCAACCAGGGAUUGUGGAUUCGAACCAAGCACGACACUCCGACUGAUGAAACAGGUCCUGAUGGAGACUAUCCUGAUGGAAAAGGCUAUUUCAUCUACCAAGAAGCAAGUAAUCUGAUCCCAUUCGACACCAACAGGCUUGAGAGCCCAGAUAUUCUAGUUUCUGACAAAAUAUGCGUAGACUUCUGGUACUACAUGUAUGGGUCAGAAGACAUGAAUGAGCUGAGAGUGCUUAUCCAAGACAGCAAAGGGGAGUCCAUGGUGUGGAGUCGUAAGGGAAACCAGAGUUCCAUGUGGAAAUAUGGUGCCAUCACUCAUCAUUUUCCAACACAGAGAAAGAUAAAGGUAAUUUUUGAGGCUGUUCGAGGACUGACCGAAUAUGGGGACACAGCCCUGGACAAUGUGAGAGUAAGGGAUGGAUCCUGUGAAGCUGUCCCUACCUCUGUACCACCAACACCGACACCAACAGGAUCUACACCACCUCCAGUGAAAGAAGCAAUUUGCAGUAUCUAUGGGGAUCCUCACUAUUACACGUUCGACAAGCAGCGUCACGACUUCAUGGGCACCUGCACCUACACCCUCUCCAAGCUGUGUGAGAGCAACAGCUCCCUGCCCUCCUUCAACGUGGAGGCAGCCAACGAGCACAGGGGAGGCAACACGCGCGUGUCCUACCUGCGACACGUGGACAUAGAUGUGCAUGGCUACAGGAUCAAUCUGGGUAAAAACAGAGCUGUUAAGGUUGAUGGAGUCAGCCAGGUGCUCCCUCUGACCUUGCCGCAGGGUGUCAGUGUUGCCUUCAGUGGGCAGUAUGUCGUGGUUACUACUGAGUUUGGGCUGAAUGUCAAGUUUGAUGGAAAUCACAGAGCAGAAAUCACUCUACCCAGUACCUAUACGUCUAAGGUCUGCGGAAUUUGUGGAAAUUAUAAUGGGCACAAAGCGGAUGACUUUCUUAACCCAGAUGGAGAGAUGGAAACAAACUCGUCCAGUCUUGGCAACAGUUGGCAGGUUUACAAUGACUCCAGAUGCUUGCCAGAUUAUGGCCAUACUCCAAAUUGCACUGCUGAGGAGAAACAUAUGAUCCAAAGCAAUAAAUAUUGUGGUCUGAUCACAGAUCCAAAUGGUCCAUUCCAGAAUUGCCACUCAGUAGUUGAUCCACAAAGUUAUUCUGAAGCCUGCCAGUACGAUCUCUGUGAACUUCAUCUGAACAGUGCAGCCCUCUGUGGAAACCUGCAGGCUUAUGCAGAUGUGUGCCAAGCUGCAGGAGUCCAGCUGACACCUUGGAGAAAUGCAACCUUUUGCC